AUGUCAAGUUCGGCAAGCUCAUCGACAGUUUUCCUGUGGUUCCAGAAUAUCACCUCCUCGAAUUUACUUCUAGGUUGGUGUUCGAUCUCCCUUAACCAUAUAUUUUUGACCAAAGCGAUGAAAGUACAAGGUUACAAAAGAGAGCAACUCCCGUAUACAUUUAAGUAUGCCCCUCAAGCGGCAUGGAUUUCCUUAUUUUUUUCAGGUUUAAUAUUGCUCACAAGUGGGUUCUCCAAUUUUUUGUAUGGUAAUUUUGAGAUAUCAUCAUUUUUCAGUUCAUAUUUCGUGAUUCCCUUAUUCGCGGUAUUAUAUGUCUUCUGGAAAUUUUUCAAAGGAACAAAAUUAAUAAUGCCUGAAGAUGUAGACUUAACAAGCUUAUUCGCAGAUUAUGAAGAGAACCCUGAACCUCCUUUGGAACCAUUAAAAGGUUUGCAAUGGCUUACUUUACUUUGGUCAUAG